UUUAAAAAAAAAUUCAAAAUUUCUUGAUUGUCUGUGACUUCAGGAUCAUAGAAUAAUUAAAGAAAAUUGAUUAUAAUUCUUGAUUAGUUAUAUCCACUUGUUUUUAUCUGUUGACAACAAAGUUGUUUCUGAGUCAUACAUGCUCAUUAAAUUAUAAUAACAAUAGAAAAAUGAGCGGAAGAUUACAAAAAUCCAUGAUAUCAUCAAAGAGGAGUUUUUCCAACAGCUGUUUAGUGUCAGUCCAGAUGUGACAGCGAGUACUGUCAAAAAAAACAACUAUUUUAGUUAAUUGUAUACAAUAAUUAGUGUUAUUGUAAAUAACAACUACCAAAAAAUGAUAUCAAUAAAAUAACACAUAUUUUAUUAUCUAUAAAUUUAUAUUUUUAUAAAUUGUUGAAGCUGUCAUUGCAAUAUUUUCUAACCUGUCAGUUGUUAGGUUAUUUUAAUCAUCACAAACUAUCCCAGUGACUAAAUUAAGGAUAAAUUUUAAAUUUAUAUAAAUAUAUAGAUAUAUAUAUUGAUAAUUGUAAUUAUAGUUAAUAUAAUAAUGGAUAAUCAAAGUACAAAUUCAGUAGAACAUGAUUACACGGAGAUAGUUCAGAGGCUGUCAAAAAAACAAAAAUGGGCAUAUGGAGUCGGGCAUGUAUUGAAUGACAUUUGUGCAUCAUUGUGGUUUACAUAUUUAAUUGUAUUUUUUCACUUUGUAUUGGGGUUCAAUCCUGUGUUAUCAGGAACUGUUUUACUAAUUGGUCAAGUAGCUGAUGCUGUUUCUACGCCAUUUAUUGGAUUGCAAUCAGAUAAAAAUGAUGACUUCUGGUUGUGUAGAUAUGGAAGGCGGAAAACUUGGCAUUUAAUAGGUACAAUAUGUGUCAUGUUUAGUUUUCCUUUUAUAUUUUCUCGUUGUAUAAAUUGUUACAAUGCCGAGCAUUGGGCUCAAAUAGUUUACUAUUCGUCAUUUAUAAUAAUAUUUCAAUUUGGUUGGGCCGCUGUACAAAUAUCACACUUGUCUAUGAUACCUGAUCUCACACCAACUGAACACGAAAGAACGGAGCUCACUGCAAUUAGAUAUACAUUUACAGUUUUUUCAAAUGUUUUUGUGUACGGAAUAACCUGGGCAGUAUUGCACGUGACUAGUGAUGAUUUAAAUAAUCAAAUAGGUCCAAAAGAUGUUUACAAAUUUCAACAUAUUGUUUUAAUUGGCAUGGCAGUUGGUAUCGUAGCGUCAAUUACUUUUCAUUUAAUUAUUCAAGAAACUCCGCACGAUUCUACUGGUCCUAUAAGAAGAAAUUUACGACCGGCUUCGUCAUUUUUGAGAGACGUUAAGUUCUAUCAAGUAGCUGUCGUGUACAUGGCAACUAGGUUGUUUGUAAAUAUAUCACAAAUUUAUGUACCUCUGUAUUUACACGAUACGUUAAAAAUGCCAGCGACAUCUUUAGCAAUAAUCCCGCUGAUAAUGUACCUCAGCAGCUUCAAAGUUUCCUUGAUAAUUGAAAGAAUAAAUACCAAAUUAGGUAGAAAAAUUUCUUAUGCCCUUGGAGUAUCGCUGGGAAUAUCAGCCUGUGUGUGGAUAUGGUUUGGCGAAGGGACGAAUUUUACUAAAUUGUAUAUAUAUCCAGUUUCUUUAUUACUCGGGGCAAGUGGAUCUAUGAUGCUAGUAACUAGUCUCGGAGUAACUGCAGAUUUAAUUGGCCCAAAUACAGAAAGCGGAGCUUUUGUUUAUGGCGCUAUGAGUUUUACUGACAAACUCAGCAAUGGAAUUGUUGUCAUGGCAAUACAGUACACACUUCAUAAGAUCAAUUGCCCUAAUUAUUAUCGGGAUGUACUGAGUUUUGUUUGCGGAGGAGCUGCAACUGUUGGCCUUCUAAUGUUAAUAUCUAUAAGACCUCUGAUAAAUCAAAUUGAAGAUGGAAGAGAAUACCGUACUAUCGAAUCAGACGAUACAUUUGAACCCAGAGAAGUAAACUCGAGGAUAACCAGUGAAAAUGAAUAAAUAUGAAUCUUAAUAAAACCCGUACUUAUUUUAUUAUUUUAAAAACUAAAUUAUUGUAUUAAAUGAAUUGAU